AGACCCUUUGACAGAAAACAAUGAGGAUGUUGGUUCUGCGUCUGGGGCUUAUCAGUGGGUUUUAACAUUGGCUGUUUUCUCCAAGCGAAGGGCUUGAAGUGCUGAAAAUCAUCGCGGGAUUGGCGGCAUGGGUUUAAUGAUUUCAGUGCGGUGGGAGACGGUGACGAGAGAUGGGCAGCGCCGUUGCUAGGAUCAUUAUAGAUUGCAGUCGGAAGUAGUUGACUUUUAACAAGUCGGGGAGCAGUGGGUUGGCGAAGCGUCGCCUUGUGUGUGUGUGUGUGUCUCACGGCGUGGCCAUUUCCACACGGUGAGGUUAGAGAGAUAAACCGGGCUUGGAGUUUCCCCGAUGUGGAUCAACGUCCGCGACCAGCCUCUCGUUGCCCAGAUUUCUUUUGUGUGGAAAGCAGGCGAUGCCCCGGAGAUUCCCAUCUGAGCCGCAAAACCUCCCCGCUCGUUUUGUUCCUCUUAAAAACAAAACCAACUCGCUUUCACCCGAGUGGAUGGACCUUCUGAAGCCAAGGGGAGAGAUCACAGCCCUGGUCAUAUCCACACAGAAAUACCCUAGCUCUGCCUUGCGGUAAAUGAAAGGAAGUGAUGGGAAACAAUGUUCAGAAAACACAUGCAGAUGCAUCGCACCAUGCCCGCUCGGGAUCUGCUCGGCAGUAUUACACACUUCCACCUAGCAGUCAUGAACGGAGAGCACAUACAAACAUUACCGAGCCUCCAAGGUUUCACUCACAGGCCAAAGGAAAAAAUGUUCGUCUGGACUCGCAUUUCAGAAAAGCGUCCCGGAAGAACAGUUUCUGCAAUGGUGUAACCUUCAGCCACCGACCAGUCCACCUUUAUGAGAAAGUGAGGUUACGAUUAUCAGUGGUCCUUCAUGGAUGGAGCGGUGCUUUGCGGUUUGGUUUUACAUGUCAUGAUCCCUCUCUGAUGAGCUCCGCAGACAUCCCAAAGUAUGCAUGUCCUGACUUGGUAACCAGGCCUGGUUAUUGGGCCAAGGCAUUACCGGAAAGGUUUGCUCUGAAAGACAAUGUCCUUGCCUUCUGGGUGGACAGACACGGACGAGUGUUUUAUACUGUGAAUGAUGAAGAGCCUGUUCUUUUCCAGUGUGGCAUUAAUGUUUCAGGACCACUCUGGGCGCUGAUCGACAUCUAUGGAAUUACACAAGAAGUCCAAAUGCUUGAGAGCAUGUUUGCAGAAACCAUAACUUCAGCACGACUCAGCACAGCACGGCUCAACAGUUGCCUUCCUCAGACUAGUCAUGACAACGCCAACUUCAAUAAUAACGAACUGGAGAACAGUGUUGUGGUGGCAAAAAUAACAAACCUAAAUCUAAGCGAAGUUCCCAGCCUUGCGCCAGACAAUCACAAUUUACCUUGUUGUACCAACAGACGGCUUAGAUCGCGAGGCCUGCCAUCUUUUCUCGACACUGACCUUCACUUUCAUUACAUACGAGGGCCUGAUGUUACCCUUUCUCAGGAUAGGAUGGGAGUGUGUACGAACUGGCAGGAGAGCACUAGGACCCUGGUGUUCUCGGAUCGCCCUUUGCAUACUGGGGAAACCCUGUAUGUGGAGGUGGGGCAGUUAGGGUUACCAUAUUAUGGCGCCCUUCUCUUUGGCGUAACGUCUUGCGACCCCAGCACGCUGCGAACAAACGAGCUCCCAGCGGAUCCAGAUUUCCUACUUGACCGUAAGGAAUAUUGGGUAGUGUGCAGAGGUUUCUCAGUGCCCAACAGCAGUGAUAUUUUCAGUUUCACUAUUCUGCCAAAUGGAGAGCUGCAUCAUCGUGUUAAUGGAAUAAACAUAGGGAUGCUGGUUUAUGUGGACACCACACAGUCACUCUGGGUAUUCUUCAGCUUACAUGGAGUGGUCAACCAGCUGAGGAUACUGGGUACAUCCCAGUCGACCCCUGUGGAUGUAUCUCCUUCAGGUUCUCCGGGUGGAUCCCACUAUGACAGUGACUCUGACAUGGCAUUCAGUGUUAAUCGGUCUUCAUCUGCAUCUGAAUCAUCUCUGGUGACUGCGCCCAGCUCCCCACUGAGCCCUCAGUUGUCACCGUCCUUCUCCCCGCCCGAUCCACCGGACAGCAAAAAUGGCGAGUGUGCUGUUUGCUUUGACAGUGAGGUCGAUACGGUUAUUUACACCUGUGGACAUAUGUGUCUCUGCUACGAAUGUGGUCUUAAGCUGAAGAAGCAAAUCAAUGCCUGCUGCCCUAUCUGCAGGAGAGUCAUAAAGGAUGUCAUUAAAAUAUACCGUCCAUGAAACUUGGCCUUUUUCAUAAUCCACACUAUAAUUUUUUUUUAAAUAUAGAGUUUUUAUAGAUAAGGAAAGCUUCUAUUGCUAACUGUUAUCUCAUCUAUAUGCGUUCACAAAGUGUGGCUGUGUUUAUUUGACUGAUUUUCUCACACUCUCUCUCUCUCUUCGUACUCUUCUUCCUCUCUCCUCCCUCUAUCCCUGUUGUCAAUCACCUGCAUGUAGAAAACCAAGCUGGAUGCUCACAUCUCCAUCAGUAGCAACAAUGUCACUCCAUGUUUGACCAACAUGUUGGGCAACUUAAAUGGAGAAAUUUGGACAUUGUGUAGCAGUUAAACUGAGCAGAGCUCAAACUGACUUAAAUAAAACACAGCAAACCAGAUGAAGAGCAACAUUUCGUGUAAUUUGCUUUUUUGUCUGUGGUUACAAAAA